GAUCGACACGUAUAUCGAUCCGCCCACCCCUACUACCCUGCCGUGUAAUGGCGAGCUAACAGCAGUAAGACAGCAAACGACUUAUUCCAUCUUCUUUGAAGACGUCAAAAAGACCGAAACAUGUCGGUCAUGUAGUUGUAUCCCUCCGCCAUUCCGACUUUGAAUCCGACGAUGCCGAAGAUGAAACUACCGAUGAAAACGGCCGACGAAGGUGGCGACGAAACGCCAGAUGAGGAGUCAUCGGAUCGGUCGGAGCACCGACACAUCCCCGGGACGGCUUCGACCGGACAUGUAGAUCCACCCCAGCUGGACAAGGAGACAGUUUUCGAGUGGUUCGGCCUUCACCUCAACCCCGCCAGAAGGAUCGAGUUCAUGUGCGGGCUGAUGCAUAUGUGCCAACCCCUGGAGCUUCGUUUUUUAGGCUCCUACUUGGAGGACCUCGCCCGGAAAGACUACCACGUUUUACGGGACUUUGAUUUUCGCGCGAAUAACCAGCAAGAGUUGGCGGUUUUAACGGACGUGAUCGACCCGGUAGUGAGGGCCAAGCUACUGGUGUGUGUGUCGCUGCUCGGGUCUGACAGUAGGGAAUGUGCUGGGGUACUCUUUCGCAUUCUGAGCCAUGUAGACCCGGCCAUGUUGUACAAAAACUACCCCCUUGCUCCAUUCAGGGACCCACACCACUACUCCUUUCACCCGGGGUGUCAGGACGGGAAUAUGUGCCGGAGGACGGAGCCGAACUGCGGCUUCUCAACUACGGAUAUCCCAGUCGGACCUUUGAACCAGUUAGCGCUGCUUUUCACCAUGGCGUCGCUACACCCGGCUUUCCAUUUCCACCAGCGGGAGGCGCUUCGGGAGCAGCUGGAUAAAAUCGAGGUUGCAAUAGAAGACGAGGGACGUCAUCUUGUUCUGAACGCAAAAUCAACAGAGUUGUCAGGCCAGAAAGGCGAAUACACGCCCUCCUCAUCACUGACUUUGGGGGAAAGUGCAGACUCCCAUCCUCCUUGUCAAAGCCGACGCUCCAGACGACGCGCGAUAAAAAGAGAAGCAGUGCAUAUCGAGGGAAUUGUGCUCAAGUGCGUAUCUCGGACCAGAAUAGACAAGGAAUACACCUUUGAGGUGAAGUGGUCCGACUCUUCCUCAAGUAAUGUGACCAAAACUCAUCUGGAACUGGAAAAUUUCCUUUUUAAGCUUCCUAAAGAUCAGUGCACUGAGACCUUCGAGAAGGGCCUGCUGAGACUUUUGAGCCAGGGGGACCAUUAUGGGAGCAGAGAGGUGGAGGAAAGCCUCAGGGAAAAGUUCCUUGCUGCCCCGCCUGUUUUCAGACAGACCAGGAAGGUGUGCAGCUUCUUCAAUUGUGACUCGAGUUACUCUACAAAAGUGUCUUGUUGCCGAUGCAACUCUCAGAUGGGGAAAAACUUCCAGGGAGAUUGUUCUGACGCAUCCAGUCAGGAUGAAGAUAUAGAAUCAUACAGCCAGGGGCACAAGAAAAAGCAUGGACUCAAGAGCUCAAGCCAAUGUCUGUCUUGUGCAAAAGGCCCUCAGGGAGAGAGUCGAAGGGGGACUCAUACGGCCGAGCUGAGUGGUCCAGCAGAAAGGAGGAAGAGAGGCUGCACCCUGAGGAGCAUGCCAGAAUGUGAACAGGACGUACAGAAGAGAAGCCACCCAGUCACCAAGACUAAUAACAGAGUCCCGCCCACUGACAGAGACAUUGCAAAGGGAUCCUGUGUGACCAACGGUAAUCUGGUACCCACUGCUUUGUCUCAAAAGAAAGGUUUGGUUGCAGUUGAGGGUUCUGGUCUGGACACGUUUGGUGAAACCUCAUCAGAGAGCUACAGUUCUCCAUCAAGUCCUCAACACAGAGGAGCAGAGAGCCUGGAAAGUGAGGAUGAUAACAACAAAGAUACUGACAGCCACUCUGACGACUCCUGCAAAGUCCCCGACAUGCUCUUGGCCCAGCAGACUGACCCAAGCUCAGCGGAGAAGGUCAUGUCUGUACAUCCUUUACCUCCUAACAACCACACAGCCCUGAUGGACUUCCCAAGCCUGGAGAACAACAUGCAGUUUCCCCGUCUUUCCUUAAUGCAUCGUCUGCCUUAUGUGCUCCCUAAUGGUGCCUGUGACCAUCCACUUGCAGUGCCUCCGCCUCCCAGCCAAAGCGAUGGAAAGCCACCUUCUGGUCCGAUGGUUAUGCAGAUGCCUCCAGUUCAGUCAGGCUCUGUAGAACCAGAGAAAAGGGACAUCAUCCCAAAUUUUGGGAUCCCAUCUAUUGGUUUCCAACUAUUAGGAGGUACUGGUGUGCAGCCUGUGGUCCAAAGGUUCAAAACAUCUUUGCCGCAUAGCCAAGGUGGUCAUGAUGGAGUAUCAGGGAGCACUUCUACUGCUGUCACUUCACAGCCUGCUCAGCAAGCCCCGGUGCGAGGAGCCAUGAGCGUGUCAUCUUACUCCGCCCCUCCGACGACGCCUCUUUCCUGUCAGGACGCGGCCGCUAUGACUCCGGGAGAGACUCCACAACCCAAACACCCACACACCCAGACCUUAUCUUCUGGUCUGCCGUCUCCUUACGCCGUGCCGGUUGGAGGUGCACCUGCCGCUACUGGAACGGUUUCUUCUCCUGGACACGUGCAAGCUGCUGUUCCUCCAGCCGUACCCACACACACCCCGGGCCCCGCCCCCAGCCCCAGCCCAGCACUUACUCACAGUACGCCACAUAGCGACUGCAUGUCAUUCAGCAACACCAGUGCUUCCUGUGGAAGUGCCCCUCUUGCUUUCCAGCAAACCCACCACCAAGUCCCGCCCCAGCAGCCGGCACCGCAGCAACAGCUGAUGGGCUGCGGGACCUGCGGCUGCCACAACAACUGCGGCGGCCGAGGCAGCAGCAACAGCGUGAGCGGGUGCCAAGCGCCAUUGUUCUUCCCCAACUACCAAAUGGCGGCGGCGGCGGCAGCAGCGGCACGCCAGGUUGUUCCACCGCCUCUAUUCCAACUCACAAGCCUGUGCAUCAACAGCUACCUCACCCAGGGCCAGCAGCCGCCCCACCAGGCCAACGGGGGAGCCUCCAUGCCCGCCUUCUACCCCACGGCGCUACCCCCUGGCCAUCCGUCGGUCUACGGCCCCCUCCACUCGCAUUCUCACAGCCACGCCGAUGUGCCGUCACACAUGCUGAGCACGCAGGUGGUGGCGGCCGCGGCGGCCGCGAGCUACAACCUCCAGCAGCAGAUGACGCCCGCCGCUUCCUUUUUCCAGCGUGUUUACCAGCAGGCCUACCCAAAUCCCCUCGGGAUGCUCCCGACUGCGAACCCGGGGGGCGGCGGCAUUAACAAGAAAAACGGGAGCAUGUCUUGUUGCAACUGCGGCGUCACCGGACACUACGCUCAGGACUGCAACCAGCCCUCCAUAGACUCCUCGCAGCAAGGUAGCUUCCGGUUAAGGUACUCGGCUUCCCACGUUUCAGAAGCACUUGACAGCGCUUACUGAAAAAGUCAAACCAUGAAGAUGUUGUUUCCACGGAGAUGGUAAACUGUGUGUGUGCGUGUGUGUGUGUGCGGUUGAAAAACACCCCAAACCUGACCUGCUAGGGGCUCGGCGGACAAAUCUGAAGACGGUUGUGCCUGAAUUGUCUCAUGAGCUCACAAGUCCUUUCCUUUCAGUUGAGUUUGGAUGUUUUUUGCACUGAGCGUUGGGAAACAUUUAACUUAUUACUUGAUUGUUGGUAGCGUUAAGAGAACUUUUUAAAGUGACCAUCAGCCUGGACGACAACCAUAAAAACACCAUAUUUAUGCUUUUGGUCAUAGGAAGGUUUUACUCCAUAAUCAAAGUUUCACGUUAAGAAGAGGUUCUGUCUUUUGACUUCGCUUCGUUUUUGAUUGUCCGCCUCAUUUAAGGAUGGGAGAUGUCAUCGCCACUCAACGGCUGUGUCUCAAAUCGGAUACUUCCUUCAGUACACUUACAUCAGUAUGCCGUGCACUUUGUGUACUUACUUACUUACUGUGUGCUCACAUUGUGUCAUUAUGUCAGUACACUUACAUGAGUGUUGACCUACACGGAUUACUUUUGUCGCUUACUUGAUAUGCUUGUCUCCUUCAGUACACUUAAUAGCUAUACUAUGUGUACUUAAUUCCCGAGUGUGCAAAUUUUGUCUGUGCAGUGCUGUCCGAAAUGCUUUACUGUCAAAGUGCACUUUCUGGAAAUGAUGUCUCAAAUGGAAUACUGUAUUUUUUUCAGUACCCUUAACUUGAUACACUGUGCGUGUGCAGUGUACUUAGUCCCUGCAUCUGUUCUGUACCAGAAAUGUACCAAAUCUAUUACUGUCAAUAUGCAAUUACUAGAAAUUGUACAAAAUGGAAUACUGUACUUUCUAUAGAACACUUACAUAGGUACAAAGUGUACUUAGUUCCUGUAGUGCUGCCCCAAAUACAUAACUGUCAAUAUGCACUUAGCGAAAAUUAUUUCUCGAAUGGAAUACUGUAUUUUUUUCAGUACCCUUAACUUGAUACACUGUGCAGUGUACUUGGUCUCUGCAUCUGUUCAUGCGCACUUACCAGAAAUGUACCAAAUCCUUUACUGUCGAUAUGCAAUUACUAGAAAUUGUCUCAAAUGGAAUACUGUACUUUCUUUAGAACACUUACAUAGGUACACAGUGUACUUAGUUCCUGUAGUGCUGUCCCAAGUACAUAACUGUCAAUGUGUACUUAGCGAAAAUUAUUUUCUAAAUGAAAUACUGUACUUCAGUACAUUUACAUAGGGACUAAGUACACAGUGUACCUGAGUGUCCAAAUUAUGUCAGUGUUAGUGCUUGUCCUAAAUCAAUUUUUUUUGUUCAUGGGCACUUACUGUGUACACUGUGUACUUAGUUCCUGUGUCUGUUGAGUACUAUAAAUCUAUAUAUGUUGGCAGGUCUGCACUUAAAUGAAAGCCACGGCCCACCCAAAUCCAUUACUGUUGAUACGCACUUACUGAAAGUUACAUCUCAAAUGGAAUCCUUUUGUCAGUACACUUAAGUAGGUACACUGUGUAAUGAGUUCUUAAGUGGACACAGUUUAACUGUACUGCUGUCAUCGUAGACUUAGCCACCCUUCUGCUAUGUACGUAAGUACGCAAGUAAGUGCUCAUCACUGUGAAGUCACCAAUGCUAUUAUGGUCGUUUUGGCGCUGCAUUUUGUGUACUAAGUAUGAACACACUUACACGUCCCUUAGUAUGGAAGUGCAUGAAUUGAGACACAGCUAAUGAGGUCAUAGUUGAAGGUAAUCGCUGCUUUGAACUCGUGUUAUUUUAACAUUAUUUGACAUUGUUUUAUGUGCACUACAACUUAGGAGAUGGCGAGGGUGGGGGGGUAUUGAGUGUGAGCAUUUCAAGCAAGGCUUUAUUCUGGCCUGAAGAUACUGUAAAACUACAGUAAAUAGGAAAAUGUGUUCUUACGUAGUCCAAUAAAUACGUACCAGUCAGCUAAUUUGAGCUCUUUGCCUUCUAGAAUACAAGAUUGUUUUGCUGUGUGUACUUGAACGCCAACACUUUCCGCUAAACUUGCGCCUGAAAUAACAAAGUGUCUGGUAAACACCUUGUGUGUCUCAAAUGGACACUAUGUUCUUGUUGGUGUCAGUAAGUGUGCCAAUUGAGACACAGCACUAAGUAUCUAAAACUAGCAUGCUAAAUAGUCCUUUUAGAGACACUUGAUUAAAACACUGAAGCUUUACAGCAGUCAUGUCAUUUGAAAUCGCGUCUUUAGGCUUGAGUGGGUUUAUGCCAUCCAUUUGUUGUUUUUGUUUUUACCACUUAACCUGUUAAGGGUUGUGAGGAAGCUGGAACCUAUCCCAGCCGCCAGACUACACCAUGGAUUGUCUCCAGUCAGGCACAUAGCCAAGCAUACAGUCACUGAGCGGGACCGCAUCCCAGCCAUGUCAACCACUACGCUAUACACGCGCUAACUUAAGUAUUCCAGAAUAAAGUCGCGUACAUACGUGAGGGGUCGCUCUUGUAUCCCGCUCAGUGCAAAUGUUUACUGUACUCUUUGAUACUGGAAGGCCUGAUAUAUUUCUAGAGCAGAAUUUGGAUUUUAUGCAAACUGUUUUCAUUUCAAUUAAAAGCAAUAAAUGAGAGAGAAGAAAAAUGUCUCAUUUUGUGAACUGCAAUCUCAAUUCAUGAACUGCAAAUUGGAUUUUUUGUUUAUAUCAAGUUUUGGGAAAUGUCAUGAU